CAUGUUCAAUCUAACAUUUAGUGGAGACAGGAAGUCUUUUCCAGCGGAUCCAUCAGUGACAGUCUGUGUAACCGCUCUGAAUCACCGACAGUAACCGUGUGUUUACCUCCACCGACAACGUGUCUGAUUAAAAACUAAUAAAUCACAUCACUAAACUCGUUUCAGGUUUAUUGUGUCCUCUGGCGUCUCUUCUUACUAGAACACCACUGUCACAUUUAAUACAAACCACUUUAAGAUGUUUUAGGAGACGAUUUGUGAAGAAAACUCUCUGCGCGCCGUACAAAGUGACGGUGUAUCAGCGAGGUUUGAAGUCUCCCAGAAAGAAAUAAAUGAGUCCUGGACGCCAAAAAUGAGCUCAGUCUGAAGGGAGGAACGUUUCCUCACUGCUGUGAUAACAAAAGUGUUUGAAAACGUUGGUUUUCUGUGUGUUUUACCCCCAAAAUGUGGAGGAGAAAACACAAGUUUCGUCAGAUUUGAGGCGGCAGGCAGAGCGGCUCUGAGUGUUGCUUCUCCACGGUUCUCAUAUGCUUUAUAAAUGCCGCCUCGUGCCCUCUGCUUGGACAGACUGUCCGCGAGACGAACAGCAGACUAUACACGAAGAUGGCAGAAGAAGCUCCAGCAGCGGCCCCGGCGAAAGCCGCCCCUAAAGCUCCGAAGAAGAAGAGCGCUCCCCGGCCGAAGAAGGACGGACCCAGCCUCAACAAGCUGAUCAUCGGCGCUGUGGCGGAGUCCAAGGAGCGUAAAGGGUUGUCGGUGGCGGCGCUCAAGAAGAUUUUGGCGACCAAAGGCGUUGAUGUCGUGAAAGCCAACAAACGUAUCAAUACUGCGGUCACGAAGCUGGUGACAAAAGGCACUCUGACCCAGACUAAAGGGACCGGGGCCUCCGGCUCCUUCAAGCUCGCCAAGGAGACCAAACCCGCCAAGCCGGUCAAGAAAGUGGUGAAGAAGAAAGCCGCCGUCAAAGCCAAGAAGCCCGCAGCCAAGAAACCCGCAGCGGCCAAGAAGCCCAAGACAGCGGCAGCUAAGAAGACAGCAGCUGCUAAGAAAUCCCCCAAGAAGGUCAAGAAGCCCGCAGCGGCCAAGAAAGCAGCCAAGAGCCCCAAGAAGGCCGCCAAGAGCCCCAAGAAAGUGGUGAAAAAGGCUCCUGCAGCUAAGAAAGCUCCUGCAAAGAAGGUGGCCAAGCCCAAAGCCAAGAAGGCAGCACCCAAGAAGAAGUGAGCUGUCAUCAGUCUGAACAUGUGAACCUGAUCAAAGGCUCUUUUAAGAGCCACACAACUUCUCUAAAGAGUAGCAUCCUUUUAAGGGCUUUUUUUCCCUUUUUAGUGUGUGAAACAACAGCAAAUAAUACUCCUAUGCACGUUAUGGUAGAUUUAACAAAAAUAUGAUAGCUAACUUUAUUACAAAAGAUAACAUGCACACUGAGCCUUCAUUGGUAACAUCUGCAUGUCAUACAGCUCCAUGUCUCACCAUUCACUGUGCAUCAUAAUAGUUUGGUGCAAUUAUGGCAAAAAAACAGCA